AUAACUUAGAAGAAUCUGAAAAAGUUAUUCUUAUUACCCAAAAAAUAACUGAACUACAACAAAAAGUAUUAAAAACUAAAUCAAACUUUGAAACAACAUCUGAAGAAAAAGAAAGAUAUAAAAUAAACCGAUUAGAAGAAAUAUUAUUAAAUGAACUUA